CUUUAUUCUCUCAGACUUCAUCGACGAGGACGUUGGACAGCCGGCGCGCCUCUCGGCAAAGUACCUCUGCCUCAUGGAUUAGUUGGUACAUUUGCACAUUGGGCCGAUGGUAGUCGAACUGACGUGGAGAGUCGCGGCGCUCCCGGACUUGGACGUGACGACGUUGUACGACAUCAUGCAGCUUCGAGCGAACGUGUUCAUUGUCGAGCAGACGUGCGUCUACCUAGACUUGGAUGGCUACGACAAGGCGUGUCUGCAUGUCAUGGGAAUGACGUCGUCCGACGCGGGUGCAAAGAUCGUCGCUUACGCGCGCAUCCUGCCUCCGAAGACCAAAGGCGACAAGCAAAAUGUACCCAUGAUCGGUCGAGUCGUCGUGGCGCCGGAAGUGAGAGGCCAAGGACUCGCCAAUGUCCUCAUGCAGCAAGCGAUUGCUGUGUGCGGCGAUCGAUGGCCACAUGCUGGAAUCGACAUUGGAGCUCAAGCCUAUUUGGAAGCGUUCUACACGCGAUUAGGCUUCCAAACGACGUCCCCAGCACCGUACGACGAGGAUGGCAUCUUGCACAUCGAUAUGCAUAGGCCGUAAGCAUCUGCAUCCUUGUGUGAUCACGUGCAUCGUAUUUUACGAUAAACUACGCGCUUUCGUCGAAUGAAAGGUGUGACUUUGUCCA